UAGAGAUGAAUGCAUGGUGGUGGGAACCCAAGAGUCAUAAGGAUGUACUCAUUCCAGCACUUCUUUCAUUUUCUGUCGUCAUAAUCUGGUGGUACAUAUGGUCUCAUAAUAAGGUAAUUUCUAAGCUACCACCGGGUCCUCAAGGGUUACGUAUUGUUGGAAACCUCCCAUUCGUUCAUCCAGAAUUGCACGGGUACUUCUCCAAAUUAACCAACAAAUAUGGACCAUAAUUAAGGUCAAAUUAGGUAGCAGUCUUGUUGUCGUUUUGAGCUCACCAGAAUUCGCUGAAGUUGUGCUUAAAGAAUUUGACUCAACCUUUGCCAACCGUUAUCUUACGGUAGCAGGAGCGAUCAUGAGCCAUGGUGGUUCCGACAUAUCAUUUGCUAAUGGUCUUCAAUGGCGAAAAGUGCGUUCAUUUUGCGUUCGAGAAUUCCUAAGUAAAGACACCCUAAACUCCUUGUCGACUCUUCGCCAGCAGGAAAUCCGAAGAACCUUGAGAAGUUUGUAUGCAAAGGUUAACACUCUGGUAUACAUAAGACAAGAAAUGCAUCCGACUAUGCUUAAUGUGAUAAUGAACAUGCUGUGGGGUGGCACAUUUAAUGAUGAAGACAAGAUUAGAAUUGGCUUGGAGUUUGGACGUGUAGCUGAAGAAGUUGUGGAAUACGUAGGGAAAACCAAUAUUUCUGAUUUUUUUCCUAUUCUAGCAAGGCUCGAUUUACAAGGAAUAGAACGACGAAUGAAAGAGCUUGUUUCGUGGUUAGAUUCAUUCUUCUGCUCUAUAAUUGAACAAAGGACGAAUAUUAUGGAGAUCAGGAUGGCAAGAAUGAAUUUAAAGAUAUUUUACAAAUCUUUCUACAACUUCAGGACCAAGGAGAAUCCAGAACUCCUUUUACCAUUACCAACCUCAAGGCUUUGUUUACGGAUUUGGUGGUCGUCGGUACAGAUACAUCCGGGGUGACAGUAGAAUGGGUGAUGGCCGAGCUAUUGAAACAUCCAAAAAUUAUGAAAAAUGCCAAAGAAGAGUUGAACAAUGUUGUCGGGAGAAACAAAAACGUAGAAAAAUCACAUAUAUCCAGAUUACCAUAUUUAGGUGCAAUUCUAAAAGAAACACUUCGUUUAAACCCCGUUGGACCGCUCUUGGCUUCUAGGUGCCCAAGUUCGUCUUGCAACGUAAGAGGCUAUGUGAUCCCUAAAGGUGCUCAAGUUUUUGUCAAUGCAUGGGCAAUUCAAAGAGACCCCAAAUAUUGGGAUAACCCAUUAGAAUUCCAACCAGAGAGGUUCUUGCAGGGCACCACCAACAAAGCUGAUUUUAUUGGAAACGAUUUCCGAUAUAUUCCAUUUGGUUCUGGCAGGAGGAGAUGUGUGGGUAUUCCUUUAGCAGAGAGGAUGGUACCUUAUGCACUAGCUUCUCUUCUGCAUUUAUUUGAAUGGAGAAUUCCAGAAGGUGAGGAGAUUGAUCUCUCAGACAAAUUUGGUAUCGUUUUGAAGAAAAACACACCUCUACAUGCAAUCCCAUUUCCAAGAUUAUCUGAUCCAAGCCUCUAUGUUUAGAAUGUUCUGUAUAUCCUACUUGUAAGUCAAUAAUAGACUCUGCUUCGUAUGAACAAAUAGUAAAUAAGAUUAAUCCAUAUGACAUCUUUGGUCCAGUCCCAAUUCUAAAGCAACAGAUGACGAGGUAUACCGUUUUGGUGAAGAGGGUGGUAAGGUAAGCUCAAAAAGCAGGUAUCUACUAUCUGUCAUAAAACUGGCUCAUAUGCCUGAAGAAUUAGAAUUUAUCAAAGCCAUAAAAAAGAGACAGUAACACAAAAACAAGGUAUUUUAGAAUACCUUUUUUCCUCUCUUUCAUAUCCAUCUUUACCAAGCCUUGAACCCAUGAACCUAUGGUGGGUAACUAAACUAUGAACCACUAAGGCCAAGGAGGCUUGGUGCCAAAUUGUUGACUAUUUUACUAACUAAUGAGUGCUCUAAUUUGCAAUGAGGAUGAAAAAAAUUAUAGAACAAUUAAGAUAAGUUUUUGCUUUUUAUCUUCUUGCUAAUAACCAUUUCAAGAUAAGUUUUUGUUUUUUCUCUUCUUGCUAAUAACCAUUUCAAGAUUAAAACACUAAAUUAUCACUCUCUCCUGUUAUACCUUGUCAUACCUUGGGGAUUGGGGAUGCUAUAUAUAUACUCUUUCCUAAUUCGAACAGGUUACUGAGAAUUGUAGAGGAGCUAUAAUCGAAGGAAAUUGUAAGACCGUCACUGAAGUGGAGUGGAUAAAGAGUAGGAGCUGGAAAAAUGUUGUCAUUGAAGGAGAUUGUAAGACUGUCAUUCAAGGAGUGACUUCAAAUUUUAUUAACUCUAGCUGGCAGGACCAUAAUCUUCUUUCGGAUAUUAGUAGGACAAUAGAAUCUAUUAGUAGUAUCAAAUGUGUUUUCUUUCCAAGGACUAAUGAAACGACUGAUGGACUAGCCAAAAAUGCCAAAAAGAAUAUAAUUGUAACCAAGUGUGGGCUGAGA